AUAUUUUAUAAUAAUUUUUAAGGCAGUAAAAAAAUUAAGAAAAUCAAGUAAGCAAAUAGCUCAAGCAAAAAAAAAAAAGUUAAAAUCGUAAAAAAAUCAUUAAGCAAAUAAAAAAUGGGUUGUUGCACAACAAAGUAACCUAAUUAGAAAAAGUAAAUUGCCGAUAAACAAAAUGGCGCUUAAGCCCCAAUCUAGCAAACACCUAUUAAAUUGGCUGAUCCAAAUAAGAAUAAUAAUGAAGAAAAUAAGACAACUAUAAAUACUGAAAAUAAACAAAGGGUAGAUUUACCAAAUGGUAAUGCAUAAAAUGGAAUAUAAGUCCAAUAAAAUAAUAACUCUACACCUACUCCUCAACAAAAUUAAAAUAAUGUCGAAAAUAAAUAUUUAGAUUAAUAGGCUUAAAAUAUGAAUAUUUAGCAAUAAAACAUUGUGUUGAAAGAAUAAAAUUCUUCAAAAUAAGAUAAUAGCAUCAUUAAAAAAGUUAACACUAUAACAGUGAAAGAAGAAGAUAUUUCUGUUUAGAUUAAAAAGAAAGAGUAAGAAAAUGUAGAUCCUAACUCUCUUAAAGGAGUCAGCUAAACCCUAUCUAUUUAACAAAUGCGUAUGAGUAAAGUAGAUAAAUAGACAGUUAAUGUAGAGCCAAUUUAGCAAAAGUAAGAAAAAUCAAAACACGAUAGUGAAUAUGAGCUAUAAGAUGAACCUGAAACAAAUAUGAUUAAUUAUAGAUAACAAUAAACGUUCUAAAAUAAAUAAAUGAAGGAUAAUAUCUUGAACAAGCAUAUGAGAAGUAUUUUGAGCAGUAUCAAAACUAAUGAAUAUGUUUCUAAAACUUGUUAUUCUACACCUCCCAUUCUUUAUGUGGAUACUGAUGCUAAUAGUAAGGGAGAAUGGAUGUAAAUUGAAACUUUUGGAGUCUAUGGAUAGGCUGAAUAGAAUCAGGGUAACAAAAACUUUAUGGACGACUGA